ACUAUCGAUAUGGCAGAUUCACGUAUCUUGGCGCUGCGAAGGAGCUAGGACAAUUAUUUCAGUAGAUUCGAAGAUCCCUUGUAAUAUGUAGUACCCGAUUCAUUGAUUGAUUGAUUGAUUGAUUGAGUCGUUACCCCUCCCGCGCGCGUCUAGUUUCUAGGCAUGUGACAUAUGCGGCUCUACCUUGAAAUGGCCCGUGCUCCGCGCUUACAGACCCUGCCCCUCUCUAUCCCCCCCUUCCCCCUCCCCUCUUCUCCUUCCAUCUUCCCAUCCCAUCCCAUCCCAUCCCAUCCCUCCAAACGCACCGCCAAUUUCCCUUUUCCUCCCCCGAAAGAAAAAACUCCACCUUUCCUAGUUACGGUAAGGUAAGGUAGGUAAAAUGUG